ACAAAUUUGUGUUUGAGACAGAAUGUUUUGGUUUUAAUUUUGUGUGGUUACAUAUAGACGAGGGACGGAGCAGGAAAAUUAAUUUUACUGCGUGUUGGUGUAAUUAAACCGAGCUGAUCCUGAAUAUUAAUUUUAACAAAGGUUUCUGCUAAAAACUCGCGCGCCCCUCGGUGCGUUUAAAUCUCAAUUUGAGAUUGUUUUUACUUUGACCGCCACACGCCAGUGUGGUUUAUGCUAGAGAUACAUACAUAAAGUUGUCUUGAGAAUAAGAACAUGGAGCUCGUCGUGGCGAACGUUUCAGGCAUUAGAUUCGACAUAGAAGUCGCUCUGGAGCAGCAAUUCGGAGCCUUGCCUCUGCCCUUCACAGGAAUGGACAAAUCUACGAGUGCAGUCUGCGAAUUCUACCCAAAGGGCAGCUGCAGCCGAGGAGCGGCGUGCCCCUUUCGACAUGUGAGGAGCGACCGAAGCGUCGUCUGCAAGCACUGGCUGCGUGGCCUCUGCAAAAAGGGCGACCAGUGCGAGUUCCUCCACGAGUUUGACAUGACUAAGAUGCCAGAGUGCUACUUCUACUCUAGAUUCAACGCAUGCCACAACAAGGAAUGCCCUUUUCUGCACAUCGACCCUGAAAGCAAAAUGAAGGACUGCCCGUGGUACGACCGUGGCUUCUGCAGACAUGGUCCCAACUGCAGACACAGGCAUGUUCGCCGUGUCCUCUGCAUGAACUACCUUGCUGGCUUUUGUCCCGACGGAUCCAAAUGCAAACAAAUGCAUCCUCGGUUUGAGCUCCCGGCUGCUCCAGACAGCGUGGUCAACAAAGAUGUACCCAUGAAGCCCAAGAGCACCAUUACAUGCCACUUCUGCGGCGAGCAGGGCCACAAGGCUAUGUUCUGCUCCAAAGCUAACAGUGAGCAAGAGGGCCAGCGAGGAAUCAUAUCGAGGGGCUCCCACCAGGAGCACCACCAGCAGAUCGAAACGCACCAGACGCAGCAGAACAUGGGCUUUAGAGAAAAAAGUCACCAUCAUCAUCAUCGGUAUUCUGAUAGACAUGGUGGCGAAGACAGGCCGAGGAGGGACGGCCCCAAAAUUUUGAAACCGCUGGACGAAGUGACUUGCUUCAAGUGUGGCUGCAAAGGGCAUUACGCAAACAAGUGUCCCAAAGGUCAUCUGGCCUUCCUGAGCCACAAUGCUGGCAAUGUCGAUGGAUAUCCUAGAUAGAAAUAAAAUGCAAAACGCUGUGCGUCCAGCUACUCAAGUUCAAUUCUACAAAGAAUAUAGCUCGCGUAGCUGGACAGAUAGCGAAAUCAAUUUGGUAGUAAUUAACCUUAUCAUUUUAUUGUUAUUCGAAUGUGAAGAAGACUUGCGAUCAACCUUAACUUACUGAGAAAGUUACAUAAAGUGACUUCGAGGCACUUGUUCAGAGCAGAAUUAGCGUGAAUGAAUAUACAUUUACAUGGGAAUGCAACGAGAAAACACGGGAUCAUCACAGAACCAGAAAGGAUUUUAAUUAUGGCAUUGGGGUUAUUUAUAUUAGUUAAUCGAAGCACUCGUCCUAGGACGAGUAGGCCGAGGCAACCAGUUUUUGGCCAGUAAGAAACUCUUUGUAUCAAAAGCUUGCCAAAAAUCACAUUUUCUCACAAGAGAUGGCAACUACAUAUUAUAUAAAUUCUCAAUUGAUUAAUUAAUAAAGGUGAUGAUAAUCCCUUGUUCUGCACAAGUAUUCCUGACUAUCCCUACUGAA